UUGGUGGGGUGAGGGGCCGGGAGAAAGGUUCGGGCGAUUGGGAGGAUGAGAAGUUUUGGGUAAAGGUUGAAGACAAGCCUGAGCAGGCAGGGGAUCCCAGGUGGAAGUCUGGACAGAGGCCGGGUGGGCUCACGUUGCAAGGUAGGGCAAACGGAAGAGGAGGUUGGGGUGGAAUGGGGGUGCUCCGAAAGAACCGGGCUGUCACCCGCUGCAGAGCGCUGACCACGCCCCUCUAGGUGAGCUAGCCCAGGUACUCUCGACAGGUUCUGCCCAGCCCUCCGUUUUCCUAUUUCCCUCUAGCUGUAACCCUCCUCCCCACCCCCUCUAGGACUGGGGAAGGGUAGAAAAGGUAGAGGACGCCACCCCCACCCUACUCCCCGCCGCGCUCCAGGGCUGUUUGCGUGCAGCUCCCAGGUGGUCACGCUCCCUGCACCUGCGGAGCUAGCUCUCAAGCACGAGAAGAACGGAAAGGAGCCUGUUUCCUACUCCGCCCUGGGUUCUCUUGAGGCCACUCCACAGUCCUGUCAUGACUCCCUCACCCCCUGGCAGACAUAAUGUCUCCACUAGCUGCCCUGUCCCCAGUCCCCAAACAGCUGGUCCCAGGAUCGCUGUUGCAGCGCUGGAUGGAUCCUUUCUCUGUCUUCUGUGAUGUUUCCACUUUUAGAUAAUGCCUCACAUCUCUGUCCCCCCGGGACCUCCUGAAGCCCCCAUGAUCCAGAACAAGACAGCUUGAACCCAGGUGAGUCUCUCUCUCCCUCUAGAACUGGAAGGGAAGUUCUCCAGAGACUCCUGAAAUGGACAUGGGACCUGAAUGAUACCUCCCCCCAGGAUGUUGCGGAGGCUGUUGGAGAGGCCCUGUACACUGGCCCUGCUUGUGGGCUCCCAGCUGGCCGUCAUGAUGUACCUGUCACUGGGGGGCUUCCGAAGCCUCAGUGCCCUAUUUGGCCGAGAGCAGGGGCCGACAUUUGACUAUUCGCAUCCCCACGAUGUCUACAGUAACCUCAGUCACCUGCCUGGUGCCCCUGUUGCCCCAGGGGGCCCUCUAGCUCCUCAAGGUCUACCCUACUGUCCAGAACGAUCUCCUCUCUUAGUGGGUCCUGUGUCCGUGUCCUUUACUCCAGUGCCGUCGCUGGCAGAGAUUGUGGAGAGAAAUCCUCGAGUGGAACUGGGGGGCCGGUACCGCCCCGCAGGGUGUGAGCCCCGCUCCCGAACAGCCAUCAUUGUGCCCCACCGGGGCCGGGAGCACCACCUGCGCCUGCUGCUCUACCACCUGCACCCCUUCUUGCAGCGCCAGCAGCUUGCUUAUGGCAUCUAUGUCAUCCACCAGGCUGGAAAUGGAACAUUUAACAGGGCAAAGCUGCUGAAUGUUGGGGUGCGGGAGGCCCUGCGUGAUGAAGAGUGGGACUGCCUGUUCUUGCAUGAUGUGGACCUCCUGCCAGAGAAUGACCACAACCUCUAUGUGUGUGAUCCCCGGGGACCCCGGCAUGUUGCUGUUGCCAUGAACAAGUUUGGAUACAGCCUCCCGUACCCCCAGUACUUUGGAGGGGUCUCAGCACUCACUCCUGACCAGUACCUGAAGAUGAAUGGCUUCCCCAAUGAAUACUGGGGUUGGGGUGGUGAAGAUGACGACAUUGCUACCAGGGUACGCCUCGCUGGGAUGAAGAUCUCUCGCCCCCCUGCAUCUGUGGGACACUAUAAGAUGGUGAAGCACCGAGGAGAUAAGGGCAACGAGGAAAAUCCCCACAGAUUUGACCUCCUGGUCCGUACCCAGAAUUCCUGGACGCAAGAUGGGAUGAACUCACUGACCUACCGAUUGCUGGCUCGAGAGCUUGGCCCUCUCUAUACCAACAUCACGGCAGACAUUGGUACUGACCCUCGGGGUCCCCGGACUCUCUCUGGUCCCCGUUACCCACCUGGUUCCUCCCAGGCCUUCCGUCAAGAGAUGCUGCAGCGUCGGCCCCCAGCCAGGCCUGGUCCUCUGCCUACUGCCAACCACACAGACCCCCAUGGUUCACACUGACUCCUCCUUCCUGCCAUCCUUAAUCAUGCAACUGAAUCAGAGGGGUUGUAUUCUCCCCACCCUCAGCUCCUCACUGCUCUCAGAGGGAUGUGGGGAAAUUGAACUCUAGUGCUGUGCUGGGGGCAGGGGCUUCUCCUCACUGCUGGACUGGAGCUGGGCUCCUCUAGGCCUGGGGGUCCCUCUUUCUAGGGUCACCUGCCAGGGCUUAUGACUGUGAAUCUUGAUGUCAUGAUUUUAUGUGACGACUCCUGGGAGUCCCUUGCCGCUGGGGCAAGAGCAGGGCUGGACCCCAAGUCCCUUCCUCUUCAAUGGAGAGAAGAGUGAUCUGGCUUCUCCAGGGACCUCUGUGAAUAUUUAUUCUAUUUAUGGUUCCCAGGAAGUGUGUUUGUUGAAGGAAGCCCCUCCCUGGGUACUUUCUGCCAGUGCUGGAGUAGCUCCCUCUUCUGGACCUGGCUCAGGGGGCUGGGAUUUUGAUAUAUUUUCUAAUAAAGGACUUUGUCUUGCCUCUG